CUUAGUGGAAAAGCAAGGUGAUAGUGGUGAGAUUGUUUCCAACCACACACGCUCUUGUUUCCUUUCUGAGUGAUAACUGCUGCUGUCGGAGAUGAGGCCAUCUAUAUUUAGCACCCACAAAAAAACAAAAAAAACAAUGAUCAGCUGCUUUGAGAGAGACCGACUUCAGCAGAUCGACAGAGUGGAACAAAAAAAACGUAUCUAUGAAGGAAGGUUCAAACAAUGGAGAUUUAGCUGCGUUGGGUUCAAAACUGUUUUUUGUGCACUUGAGUUAAUGAAGCCUUAUAUUGCAGAGUGGGGUUGUCUUAAUUACUGAUCUCUUUGCACUCGACAAUUAAAUCUUGUACGGUGAAGUUUUAGUACACCCCACCAAUGUAAGAAAGGCUGCGCUGGUCUGGAAGUGGUUCCUUUCCAUCUGCUAAGCUAACAGAAUAUUCUGGUGAUUCAGUACCAAUCUGAUCUGUUCUUUUAUUCUUUCCAUUCACUGUUAUCCUUUUGCAUCUCAGAAAGCCUAGCUGAUAAAGAACAUGCAGAACUUCCAGCCUUUUAUCUCUGCACUAAUACUGCUGAAGGAGUCUUUCCAGCCGCAGAUACAUAUAUGCAAUCAAUCUUUUUCCCCCCAGUUAUUUUGCAUAUUCUUUUGUUAUUAGAUAAUAGAAACGCCUACUUGAAAAAAUGGGGUUUAGGGGUGUGUUUUUAAUUUAUUAACUUUUCCGUUUUGCCUUUAUCUUGCACUGUAGCAGUUAAGUCAGAAAGCUGAAUUCACACACAGGUUCUGUGCUCUUUCCACCAGUUGUCCGUGUGACUGGCAUGAGGAUAUGGAGUCGGCUCCCAUGAAGACUCUGUUGUCUUUAGGCCACCAUGUCAUGAACUUUGAGUUAUGCACAGGAGUACUGUUAGAGGGGACGCUCAACACCAUCUCUGCCCACUUUCUCUCUGUAUAUGCUGAAUAAAUUCUACUAGCACCUUGAGCUGUAUAUUUAUUUUAAAAAUUACCAAGUUGUACCCAAACUUUAUUUCCCUGCUGAUGCCUUGAAAUGCAUCAUUGUUUGCACCAGUCUCUCAUGCAAUGGUUUCAAAUUUAGGACGGUGCCCUUAAUGCCAGCAUCUAGGAUUUAGAGAUAUCAAUGAAGGUUUUUGAUAUGUUAUUUACACAUGGAGUAUCAGGUUCUCUAAGGUCUGCUUUUCCAUAAACUAGUGAUUAAAGUGAACUGCAAACAUCAGGAGAUGUCACUACUUUGUUAAUUCGACCCCACAUACAGGAGUUUACAGGAAGUACUAAAUCUUGCUUUAAUCGUUCCUGGAAAAUAUAAUUAUAGAUGCCCUCUAUCUUGAACAGUCAGUGAAAUCCCUACCAAAUGUCCCAUUUAAUUGGACAAAGUUUUAAAAUUGUUUUAUUACAUUUUUUUGUUUAAAUAACUAAAAUGUUCUCUUUUACAACAACUAAAUGUAGAGAUGUACUUCUCUCAUCCUAAAAUCCUAUUCCAUGUGAACAUGGUGACAUGAAUUAUGAAAACAUGAUUACCCUGAUCAUUUUAAUAGGCUUUCAUUUAAAAAGGGCAAAGAAUUAGCCAAUUAUUGUCACAACAGCUAAAUAUUUCUGAAGUAAGAGGUUUUUUUUAAUGUACAUAUUCAUCUCAGUGUCCUUGUGUAGCAUUAAUCCAGAUUCUAAAGGCUUGUUUAAAGUCUGGCCAAGUCCAAAAACUAUUUUUUUUCUGACUUAAAAUCACUUUGAUCUAAAACAUCUUCACAAUUUAAUACAGAUUCUUGGUUACAAAGGUUUAGACCGGCUUUGUGUUUGUUUUAGUAAAUUUACAAAAACAUUGAGGACUAUUUUAUGGAAAAAAGCAGGUUGAAGCGCGUUGAACACACUUUUUUUAAUUGACAGGACGAUAAAAUAAGUAAUAAUACGCCUCCUCUAGUUUCCUUUUCUCCUGUAGUUCAAUCCUCUCUGUAAAUAACCACCUAAUCAAACCAUUGAUAAAAUAAUAUUGAGUUGGGGUCGGACAGAGGAAAGCUGAUUGACAGGUGGUUAGUUUCCAGGACCAACUUGGGCUUAAACUAAAUUAGAACGACAUUUAAACCACAUUUAAGAGCAUUAUAACAUUUUAAAGCCAGAAUUUAACAGAUGGAUUUUGCAAACCAAUUGAAACUUCACCAUCUCUACUUCUCUUAAAUAUUUGUUUUUAUCAUUUUCCAGUAUUCUAACAAAUGAAUUACAAUUAAAUAGCACAACGAUCGGCAUGUAAUGGCAAGGAGAAAAUAAAAAUUGAAUUCAAAUAACCAUUUUUAAAGACAACCUUUAAUAAUCAUUGAAACUUCACUCAUCUGAGAGGUUAAAAAUCCUAUAGCCAAUAUGCAUGAAUGAAUGUCUGACGUGUCAGGUCUAUUUUUGCUGCAUCUGUAUCUUUAUGAACUUCUGACAGGAGACAAAUGAUAGCAGUAGGUUGGCAGAAGAUUCUGCAGAGCUCUGCUGGCUCUUAUCAGAUGUUCCCAUUUCAGCACAGCUGGGUGGCUGUGGGCAGAUGGAGAAACCAGCCAGUCUGUUUCUAGUGCCUUAUUGCAUUGAAUUGUUCCUAUAAAAUGAUGUCACCAAAUCAACCCACAAAAUCAGCGUCAGAACUACUGUAAAUGCAAAUGCUGCUCACGUAGAGGCGCAGCUCAUUCCAUAAACAAGUAGCUUAAAGAUCUAUUCAGAUACAACCUUGCAGAGCUAUCUGAGUCAGAUGUUUUGAGUGUCGCACGUCACAGGAGGCUGGAUGUCAUACAUAAGGCGAAGCGGGAGACCUCCUCUCUUCAGUCAGCCCACGUUAGACACAGCUGCAAAGACACAGCAGCUUCUAUUAGAGCAGAGCAGAAGAGGGAGCUGAGUGUUGCUCACAUUAAAAGGGAUUUUCUGUUCAAGAAGGAGAGAAGGAUUUAUCUGCAAGAAGGCUUGGAAUUUACUGGAAGCUCUGAUUAAAAUCAUUUCUGCAAGAAUUAGACAAGGUGAGUUCAUUUUAUGUGCCUUUUUCUCCCAAUUUAACCACCAGGUUGUAGUGUUAAACUUUAUUGCUUGGCUAUGUCACUAAACUGUACUGUUAUUGUUAAAAGUAGAAAAUAGAGAGAUAUUUAAACAAUAUGCAUUGUCUUCAUGCAUUUUGCAGAAACUAAUGAAGGUGGAUUCAGAGUGUAUCCCUCGCUUACAUGUUUUAUGGAAAUUUAACACAGGAUAUCAGGGCUUUUUGUUGUGGUUGGGCGCCUUCCUGUUUCACAGAUCGCUUCUCUUGCCACUCUUGCUGCACAGUCAUAAUGUAAUAAUUAGUGGGAUGGGUACAAUUAAAAGGCUCCUGUAUUUCCCGGCAUGUCUGAUUUAGUUUCUUUUCUCAUGAAUUUGCAAACCAGCAAGAACAUGGGCACCUGCUUCACCAGAUGCCAUUCUCACCAGACUGUCCUCGAAAAUCAGCCAGAAUCUGUGAUUCCAGGAGAACAGGAAAGUGUGAUUGUCUCUCUGUACGACUACCCAUCGUUAGAGCACACAGAACUGACAAUGCGAAUGGGAGAAAGACUAACCAUUGUGUCAGAUGAUGGAGAUUUUAUGAUGGUGAGAUCUACAACCUCAGGCCGCAAGAGCUACAUUCCUACCAACUACACGGCCAAAGUCAUUGACAGGUGGCUGUACACAGGAAUCAGCAGGUAUAAAGCCGAAGAACUCCUUAAAAAUUCCAGCAACCAGAGCGGCGCUUUCUUGAUCCGAGAAUCAGAGACAAACAGAGACAGCUAUUCACUCUCCAUCCUGCGAAGGACCGGUUCCUCAGACAUAAAUCCUGUGAAGCACUACCGCAUCUCUCAGCUGGAAAACUCCUGGGUCUACAUCUCUCCAGGACUCACAUUCCCCUCCCUUCAUUACCUGGUGGAACACUAUUCAGAGGUUGCAGAUGGACUGUGCUGCCGACUGACGGUGCCUUGCUUCAUCCAAGGGUUGGAUGACCCUCGACCAGUUCCCAUCACUGUCAGAAGACCUACCAUCAACUGGAGGGAAAUUAGCAGGUCUGUGAUCCUCAGGAGGAAGAGAACUGAGUCAGACAACUCUCUGGUGAGCGACGGGCUGAGGGAGGCCAUCAGCUCCUAUCUCCAGUUAACAGAGUGUAAAGAUCACAGCUGGGACACAUGAAGGAAAACGCGGGCAGUCGGUUUGAAAAAAAUGAAGUCCAACAGAAAGAGUAGAGUGAAAUACUACCCUGGGGCUGCUGCAGGUGAAGCAAACAGCGGAAGGAGCUGCUCUGCGUACCCAAAUGCAGUCUUUGGAGGAUUGUUCAGGAACAGAUGAGACGCUGAGACACUGCACUUCUCAGAGAACGCUCAAAAGGUUCUACGUCUCUAUGGGUGAUGGGUGACGCACAAAGACAGAGGAUGUAACCUGCAAAGUGAAAGGCAAAGAGGCAAUGAAUGUUUCCCCUUAUUUAUGAAAACUCUUACCUAAAAUGUUCUAUUAACAUGACGGCAAUAUGAAUGUAUGUGAAUGUUUUCAUGGUUUUCAUGUUUUUUUUUUGUGGAAUCCAGUAUGAUCCAUACGCUACUAAUAAAUCAUUCACAGAAAUAAAUCAACAUAUAUUUACAGGAA